AUGACUCGUCAGUCAGGCAACACUACAAUAGGAUGUCCUACUAUUUUGGAACAACAAACUGAAACAAUAAAUGUUACAUUCAUUCAAACUGAUGUGGUAACUGAUUAUGUAACCCAAACUUUUGAAACAACUAUCGUCGAAACGGUGUCACAUACAGUUCCUACAACCCUCCUUUCAACACAACAAUUGACCGUAACAACAACACAACAGUUGGUUACAACACAUGCGACAACAAUAACGCCAAGUUACACUGUAACGACUGUAAUACAGCCGACCACUGUUAUACUUGAUGGUACUACAAUAGUAUCAACCAUUACGAACAUUGACACCACUACCAUUUUAUCAACGCACCACAUUACUGUUACUACUACAGAACUACUAGGAACGCAGGUCGUGGAAUUUAUAACUAUAACACCGUCACAAGUUGUUUCUACUGUUUUACAACCAACUACAGUUACAUUGGCUGCUCUAACGGUUCUCGUAACCAUAACGGAGACACCUUCACCAAUUGUGUGUCCGAUUCCAACAACUCUGACGUAUAGCGUGCCUUGUACGAUCAAAAAUAUCUCGUCGGUCGAUGCUACUAUAUGCGUAGAACAAUCGAGCGUCAUGCAAUCGUCGUUUGGUGCCUUGGGAUUUUUGGAUCCUGAAGGAGUUCUGAGGACAAAUAUUUGCCAUGAUGUGAUUGUGGUAACCCCAGAUGAAUCAGCCACAGAAAGAGCUGUUUCUAGUAUUGUCAAUGCACUUACUGUUGAAAAAUCAAAUAUAUCUGCUGUUUCUAAUAAAAAGAUCAGUGCCCCGGAUUACAGACCUAGUUCAACAGCAAUAGGCUACAUUGGCAUCAUUCUUUUUUCAUUACCGUUUGUAUUUCUAUUAGCAAUGGAUGGGGUAACUCUUUUAGCAAGAGUUCAACGGUUUGGUUUGAUCCCUCGACAGAAGUAG